AUGGCGUCUGCUGAUCUGAGACAGGAGCUGGACUGUUCCAUCUGCCUGAGCAUUUAUACAGAUCCUGUAACCCUGAGAUGUGGCCACAACUUCUGCCGGGUCUGUAUUGAUCGUGUGCUGGAUACACAGGAGGGGGCUGGAGCUUAUACCUGUCCUGACUGCAGAGCAGAGUGUCAGGAGCGUCCUGCACUGCAGAGGAACAUAACGCUGUGUAACAUAGAGGGGAGUUUCCUGUCUACUCGGCCAGAUCAGCAGGAGACUGGGAUCCUCUGUACUUACUGUGUGGACUCUCCUGUACCUGCUGCUAAAUCCUGUCUGAUGUGUGAGGCUUCUCUGUGUGAUAAACACCUGAGAGUACACAGCAAGUCAGCAGAGCACGUCUUAUGUGACCCCACCACUGCCCUGGGGAACAGGAAAUGCUCCGUCCAUAAGGAGAUCUACAAGUAUUACUGCACUGAGGAUGCUGCCUGUAUAUGUGUGUCCUGCAGGCUGGAUGGAGAACAUCGGGGACACCUGGUGGAGAUGCUGGAUGAGGCCUCUGAGAAGAAGAAAGAGAAGCUGAGGAAUGUGCUGCAGAAACUGACCACAAAGAGAGCGGAGUCUGAGAAAAGAGUCCAGAGUCUGCAGGAGCGCAGGAGAGAAGAUCAGGGAAAAGCAGCUGGUGAAAUAGAGACAGUCACUGCCCUGUUUAGAGACAUCAGGAGACAGCUGGAAGACCUGGAGAAGAGAGUCCUGAGUGAGAUCUCCAGGCAGGAACAGCGCGUUUCACUCUCAGUCUCUGAUCUGAUCCAGCAGCUUGAAAUAAAGAAGGACGAGCUGUCCAGGAAGAUGCGUCACAUUGAGGAGCUGUGUAACAUGUCUGAUCCAGUGACUGUCUUACAGGAACCAGGCACAGGGGACUUGUGUGACACUGAGGAGCUGUGUAACAUGUCUGAUCCAGUGACUGUCUUACAGGAACCAGACACAGGGGACUUGUGUGACACUGAGGACACAGAGAGACAUGAUAACCAGGUCCGUGGUGCAGGAGAUCUGGAUGUGGGUCUCAUCUCAGAGACAUUACACACAUUAUCUGAUAUAAUAACAGGGAUAAAUACAGGGAUCUAUGUGCAGGAGGCUACAGCCCUAUUACUGGAUGUAACCACAGCUGGUGAUACAGAGUCUGAUAUAAUAACAGGGAUAAAUACAGGGAUCUAUGUGCAGGAGGAUACAGACAUAUUACUGGAUGUAACCACAGCUGGUGAUAAUAUACAGAUAUCAGGUGAUGGGAAAACUGCAUCCUGGUCACAUAUAAAACAGAAUCGCCCAGUAACACCAGAGAGAUUUCUGUAUGAUCAGGUAAUAAGCAGCAGGAUAUUCUCCUCAGGGCGACAUUACUGGGAGGUGGAUGUCAGUAAGUCAGUGAGGUGGAGGGUGGGGAUGUGUUACCCCAGUAUGGACAGGAGAGGAAGAUAUCAGUCACUCAUUGGGAAUACUAACAAGUCCUGGUGUCUGUAUAGGUAUAAUAAUCAGUACUCAGUGAUACAUGAUAGGAUAGAUAUCCGAUUACCUGACAAUAUCCCCUGUGACAGAGUGAGGGUAUAUCUGGAUUAUGGGGCAGGACAGCUGUCAUUUUAUUCUCUAUGUGACCCCAUCAGACACUUACACACCUACACUGCCGCCCUCACUGAGCCCCUCCAUGCUGCAUUAUUGAUAGCGACCGGGUGUAUAACUAUAUGUGGGGGGAGUCGGGAGAUGGCAGUAAUUACCAUGAAGAAUCUGCCCAGAUACUGUGAGGGGUAUAUGACUGGGGGAACAUUCAGCUAACAGAAUGAUGUAUUGGAUGGAGCUACAGCUGAACCCCUCCCCCUGUGUAACCAUGUGACCAGUGUGUGGGUGUUUUCCCAUAUCCAGGGCCGGCAACAGAAAUCUUGGGGCCCCAUACAGUGAUAUCUAUGUGGCCCACUCUAAAUAUAUAUAUAUAUAUAUACAUAUAUUUAUAUAUAUAUAUAUAUAUAUAUAUAUUUAUAUAUUUAUAUAUAUAUAUAUACCAGCUGAAUACCCGUGCUUCGCUAUGGAAUUUAAAGAAUAUCGCAAAUCUUUGUCAGGCCGCAGCUCAGGGCUUCCCUGGAUUGAU